GCGCAUGUAACCCCACCGUGCAAUGUCACUGGCUGCUAUUCAUUCACUCCAGAUGAAUUGAUAGCAAUGGCGAACAAAAUCCAAAUCCAAUUCCAGACGCUUUCCUUCCUCUCUGCUUCCCCAAAUGUCUUCCCUUCUCUCUGUCUCUCUCGCCCCCAAUCUCCAUUCUCGCCGCCUCGCCGGCUUCUUCUCGCCGGAGCCGCGCCGGAAAUCCUGCAACUUCCGUCGCAACGCCCAGAACCCGAAAUCUCCCAUCGAUCGAGAGUCCCAAUCCGACAAUGCGUUGCUCAAGGUGGCCUGGUACGGAUCCGAGCUGCUCGGCAUUGCUGCGUCCUUCUUUCGGCCACGGCCGCAGUCUGUUGCUGAAACUGCGGACGUAGAGCUUGACGGGUUGGGAGUGAUCGAUCGUGGUGUGGUCGUUGAAACCAUCAAGGAGGACUUCGGCCGGUCUUACUUCGUCACAGGAAAUUUGACACUCAACGCUUACGAAGAGGACUGUGAAUUUGCUGAUCCAGCAGGUUCAUUCCGAGGGCUUCGUCGUUUUAAACGAAAUUGUACGAAUUUUGGGUCCCUCCUUGAAAAAUCAGAUAUGAAACUAACAAAAUGGGAAGACUUUGAGGAUAAGGGAAUUGGGCAUUGGCGUUUUAGUUGUGUCAUGUCAUUUCCUUGGAGGCCCGUUCUUUCAGCUACAGGAUAUACUGAAUACUAUUUCGCUCAAUCUGGAAGAGUGUGCAGGCAUGUGGAACACUGGAAUGUUCCAAAAAUGGCACUGCUCAAGCAAAUAUUCACACCUGGCCAUGGGGCAUGGGGUCGGAGAACAGGCGCUUGAAUAUCAGGUUGAGGCCAGUAUCUGCAGUGCACCAUAGAUACUAUGAGGUGGAGUGCACGCCAGCAUCCAGCUGUGUUUCAAAUCCAUAUGUUUCCUUUUCAAGCCUUAAUUUUGUAAUGCGAACGAUUCAAUAUGAAUUGGCAAAGGCUGACCCAAUUGGAUCCAAGAAGUGAUCAUGCGUUAGAUUGCGGAUAAGUUCUGAUUGUAUAAGGUUCUAUUUCUGUGCCAUAGAUCCUAACAUCAACUAGAUACUUGGUUGGGGUGAAGUUGAUACUCUGGCAUUUGAUUGGCCAUAUGCUUGCAGACAGCCGCUGGAUGCACGCCGUCCCUGUACAUCAAUCCAAUCCACUGGGCACCACUGUAGAUGAGGCACAACCCCAAAAUCAGAUUUAUGUUAUAUUCUUAACCUCCAAUUGGCAACAUUUGUUUGUCGAUUUCAGACCAUUGGCCUGAGUAUGUGUAUACAAUGUCGGAGUUGUCGGGUAGUUUAUACUGUAAAUAUAUACUCAUCAGCUGAAUAGAUUUGUCUUUUCCUUUUUUUGGGUGA